AUGCCACCAAAAAAAGCCGCUGCCGCCAAAGCAACAACUGAAACUGAUGCUGAUCCAAAAUCAGCACAAAAGAAACAGGAUGAAGAAAAUCAACAACCGACAGAAAUCGAGCAGUCAAGUCCAAAGAAAGCUACAAGUGAAUCAAAAAAGGCUGCUGUAACUAGUAAAGCUGGUCAAUCAAGAAAGAAAGCUGCGGCUGAGAAACUUCAAGAGGAAGCAUCUGGUUUUAUUGAACGUACUAAUAAAAAAUCAGAAGCAGCUGAUGAUACAAACGAAGAAGAUAAUGAUGAUGAGCAAUCAUCAAAGAAAAACAGUAGUGCAUCAGCAGCACAAAAGAAUGGGAUCGCCGCUGAAACAAAACCAGCGGCAAAAGCUACUACAGGUCGAGGUGCUAAACGGCAACCGGCUAAAAACAUGGCUAAAAACGAUGAAAAAGACGAAGAAGAACAAGAAAUUGAGAAAACAACAGUUCCGGCUAAAGCUCCGGCUAAAGGCAAGAUCGCAACUGCUGCGCAAAAAAAUAAAAAAGUCGAAGAAGAUGAACAAAAAGAUGCUGGUACAGGUGAAGAUGAUGAAGCUGAAAACGAAAAUGGUUCACCGAAUAAAAAAUCAAAAGGUAAAACUGCUCGUAAACCAGCUCAAAAAACAAAAACAGCUACACCAGAACCUGAAAUGGAUCAUGAACAAAGCGAUGAAAAUGAGACAAAAAAGAAACCAGCAACUACAAAAAAAGGAAAAGCUGCAAGCUCAUCAAAAAAGCAAACCGCAGCUGUUGAAAAAUCUGAAAAUGAAGAACCUGUAAAUGAUGAUCUUAAUUUGUCUGAAGAUGAAGAACCUACGGAUGAUAAUUCAAAAGCUACAACAACAAAGAAAGGUCCAACAAAACGAUCGGCACCAACAUCAGGCAAAAAAGCCGGUGCAGCUCCAGCUAAAAAGAAAUUACAAAGCGAUGAGCCAUUCGAAGAUCAUACGAAUGAGGAAAAAAAUGAAGAAGCUGAAAAUAAUACCGAAGAUGAAGCUUCAACAGCUAAACAAGCAAAAAAAGGGCGUCCAGCUACUAAAGCUCCAGCAUCGACAUCCAAAACAAAUAAUCGUUCUGCGAAGAAAACUAAAGCUACAUAA